GCGAUUCGUGGGUGUCUGUCGAAAUUGGGGAUGUGGUAGUGUUAAAUGUUAUUUUGCUAUUGGGAAUUAUUCUCGGACUUCUCAUACUUUACGUGGAAAGAUCGUUUCCUCCGAAAACAAACGACCGGACGAUAAAUAUCGCGAAAGUUAUAAAAACGAAAGCAGCCAGAGCGAAAGAAUUUUGAAAUAAAAUAUAAAGUUACCGUGUCCCGUACGCCCAUCAAUAUAUUAUCCCUCGCUGUCGGUUUAUUAAGUUUUCUUCAAGUUGGUAAGAUUGAAAAAGUGUAAACAAAACUUUGAACCUUGGUACCGCUUAAUUCAUCCUAUCAGUCGUCUUGAACGUUAAUCAGUAAUUUAGGGAAUGUCGAACUGAACGCUUCGUUCUUUAAUUGUCAAAGCUAUUCGGUUUAUGAAAUUUAAGAAAUUCCUAAAACUAUUAGUGUAGCGUUAAACAUGGCUUCGUCGAGAAAAGACUUUACCGUGUGGGAAGACGAAAACAAAGAAAAUUUAGUGCCCGAAAAACGUAAAAUAUUAAAACGAAGUGCAAGUGUAAGUGACAGUUUGUCAAUGUACAAAUCGGAGAGCACAAGAAGUUGCGUAAAUGUAGAAAAGAAGAUAAGUGGAGUAUGCGCAGUGAUUAAUGAAAAUAAUAAUAAUAACAAUAAUAAUAAUGUCAGAGUACGUCAUCAUUCGUUAACUUCGAAGCAGCCAAAGAGAGGCGUUGAAAAUGUCAAAUUUAUGGAAAAAAGGCUCCUUUGGAGUUACGACUGCAAAACGGACGUCGAGUCACGGCGAUUUACGAACGAGAAAUGUAUUUUCGCGGGGAACGAAGAGAAUGAAAAUGCCAAUAAAAGUCGUUCGAGUGCCUCAACCUCGAAAUUCGAAGCUCAGACGAAAAUUGAUAAAGGAAAAUUGAAGUUGAACGUGAAAUCAAGCUCGUUGGGAUCGACUGGCCGCGACAACAAUUGGAGGAAAAUUUAUCACCCGCGAAUACUUACCAUUCAGCAAAACGAGGGCUCCAUAACGCCAGUUGACCUUUCGAUUCCCCCUUUCUUAGAAAAGGUGAAGGAAUUGCAUAAGCGGAACACGAAGGACGUUUCCGUAGAAGUUUCAACGGACAAAUUGCAGCUGGAUGCUAAUACCAAAUCAGCUGUUUCGAAAAUUUCGUGCGAUCUCGACGAGGCUGACAAAUAUAUCGAGAUGCAAUUUGAACGUGAAAAAUCACGAGGAAUCGCGAAGUAUUUGCGGAAUCCUUUUGUCGUUUCGCGAAAAAGAGAAAUUAUUGUUGAUUUUUUAAUGCGAGUCAACACCUAUCGAGGAGACCCGCCCUUCAUUUUAUAUCAAACUGUCAAGAUAUUGGAUGCUGCUUUCAACGCGAUGAAACCUGACGUCGAGGAUUUACAAGUAAUUGCUUUGGCUGCAAUGUGGAUAAGCAUUAAACGCGACAAUGUAAAUAUUCCUACUGCAACAAGUAUGAUAGCAUUUGGCGGUGAUGAAUUCAAAGAAAAAGGAAACAUUUUAAUAAAAUUUGAAUGCAGAAUUCUCCAGGCUUUGAACUUUGACAUAUCUUAUCCAGAUAUAUCAUCAGUUUUAGCACAUUUUAUAUUUAAACAUUAUGGAACGUCCAAUGACGAACCACGAGUCGAUAUUACGUAUGAUUGCGGCAACUUUUUUAUCGACAUUGCCAUAUUUGAUGUAUGUUUGUGCACUGGAUCCGCAAUCCUGCUGGCAGGUGUGGCAGCCAUUCUUGCUCUUUUUCUUGUAGAAAAUCCUAAUGAGUUUUUGCCGAAAUAUUUUCAAAAUCAAUUCUCCCGUCUACCGUAUGCAGAUAAAUUUCUAUACGGAGAAGCUGUCUUUGUCAGAGAAACUCUGAUUGAACGAGCUUUUAAAUGGCGAGACGAAUAUAAUACGGGCUCAAGUACGUUUAAGAAAUACGCUAAUAAGAGAUAUAGGAAAAUUAAAGAGUUCCUCUUAGAAAAUGUCAACAGGUUGAAGUAUUACUGAAUGGCCGCAAUUACUAAUUUUCAAAUAGCCGUUUUCAUUUCUUUUUACUACAUUGCAUGACACUAUUACUGAUUUUACACAAGUUUUGUAUCUAGCGAAAUCGCCCUCUAUGUGAUAAAGAGGGAAUUUUUACAACUCUCGAUAACAACAAUCAUUCUCGUUGCUUAAUAGGCAGAUACGGCGAACACAGAUAACGCUGUAUAAAAAAAAAAAACAAACGUUUAAAAUUGUAGAAACAAUCUAUCCUAGCAAUGUUGAGAUUUUUUUUUGGAUUUUAACAAUUUUAACAAUUUGUUCGCAACUGUAUGAAAAAUUUGAGGUCUAAUAUAAUCUAGCGGAAAGUAA